CUUCAGGGUGGUGUGAAAUUUUCCAAAUUGAAUUUUCUCCAAGAAAUGUCGGUGCAUUUUGCAAAAAUAGCCCAGCAAGCUCGCCAGACAUUUGAUCCACACAAUAUUCUGCAGUUUGCAACGAAUUUCCUUUCACUGCAGAAAUUGGUGGAUGAGAUGAAGUUUGAGGAUAUUCAGGUUAAUCCCGAAGUGCUAUCGAGGAGAUCUUUUGACGUCCCGGACAAGGCUCCAUGUACCUACAUUCACAUCUACGAGUGCCCCAUCUUCUCCAUGAAUGUCUUCAUCUUGGCGGAGAACUACACGAUGCCCCUGCAUGAUCACCCAGCAAUGCAUGGGCUCCUCAAGUGUAUUGGUGGAAGGAUAAAAGUGCAGAGUUUCACCUCAAUUGCCAGUGAGACGGCUCCCAGUUCCAAGGAUAUGUUUCCUGUUCACGUUAAUGCUCCCAUGGAUUUCAAUGCUUCAUCCCCGGCAGCUGUUUUAACGCCCAACGAAGGGAAUUUCCAUGAAAUUACUGCAAUCGCUGGAGGUGGUCCAGGUGCUUUCUUUGACAUCCUCGGGCCACCGUACGACUCACCCCUUCCGCCUUUUGGGAAGCGGAAAUGCUCAUACUUCCGGAAAAUUAAUGACUUAUCCGGGAAUUGGUUUCUGCAGAAAACUCCCACGCCUAGCCACUAUUUCUGCGAUGUUAUCCGCAUUACGCCUGACUUCUUGAAAGACGAUGAUUGAAAAUAUUUUAAUAUAUAUUUUAUCUUAUUAGAAAUUUUAGAAAUUCUGCAAAUAAAAUUAAAAUUUACCUCAA